AUGUGAAACUUUUGAACAGAACUUAAAACUGGAUCUACAACGUCUAAACGAUCAAUGGGACCAAAAUGUUGAAACGACGGCCAAAGCUAACAUUGCUUUACUGAACAAAGAGAGAACACGCAACUGUGAGUUACUCGAAACGAUGAUUACCGAAAAUACCAUCCAUUUCCAAACAUUAAUCGAACAGGAACAAGCGACCUUGAAGAUGCUGGAUAACGAUAAAAUUGAAUUAGCGAAAUUACACGAAAAGUUGAAAUCCUUGUCAGACCAGGACAAAACCGCUGCGACAUUGAAUGAGUUGAUAGAGUUUGGUAAAAGUGUCGAGUUGUUUCGUUUGAAGCCAGUUAUAAAUGUGGAACCAUUGGAUUUCACGAAUAAGAAUCGUGCUGUUUUUCCCGAACCAACAGUUUUUCUCUUUCGCAUGGAGAGGUUCAGAGAAACCAUCGACAAAUUUAGUUUUUACGAAUCAAUUCCCCAAGGUUGUAGCGGCUUUGAAUGGAUGCUUAAAUUAUCUUACGAGAGUAAUGAACUCCAGUGCUACCUUCGAAUGUUAAAAGGUAUACCAGGCGAGUAUGCAGUAUCUCUAAUGGAACAGCCGGAACAGAAACUACAAUUUGAGAUUGACGCAGCGGUGCUGCUAGGAAUAUGUAGCACCGAUAUUACGGAUGAUGUCUUAGAGGUUCGAGUUCUGGUACGGCAGGCUGCGACUUAUGCCCAAAAAUGUUCACAACUGGAGAAUUAUGUGAAAGGACUGGAGAAGAAGGUAGAUGAAUAUAAAAAGUUUCUCCAGUAUUUGUCCGAAUGGCGAAGUAAAUGUCACUCCGCAUAUUUGUGAAGGAUUUUUCUUGCAAUGUGAACUAGGAUGAUGAACAACUACAUUGGAAAUGUGCUUCCGAAAUAUAUUUUUGUUUUUGUCUUUUUCUAUGGGAAGGAUAUAAAAUUGCUGGAAAAUCGACUUUAGAUCGAAGAACCGGAAACUACUUAAGUUAUAUACCCUUCGAUUCAGUCCGAAGAGAUCGGGAAAUGUCUCUAUUUGUAUGCAUGUAUGUGUAUCUUACUACGAUUCAUCUAUAUGCUCAAUUCUCUCGGAGAUAACAGAACCGAUUACAACCGCCCUUAUUCUGAAUAACGUCGUAUCGUUUUUUCGAUCGAAUGUGGUUCGAUCGAAUCAUAGCUACCUUUGAUUUUGCUAGCGU